GACAGAGCGAGACUCAAUCUCAAAAAAAGAAAGACCAAAGGCCUCCACGCAGGAAGACAUUGAUCUGUCCUGUGCGCUGCCCUGCUGUGCGGUGGCUCUGCCUAAAGACCCACUUCCUCAGGGGCUCUAGCCUCAUUUUAAGGGCUAGUCGUUGCACCCUUUGGGCACUGAAAAUACUGAAAGUUGUAUCAGGCAGUGCCAGUCCACAGACUCCGGCCAGCCAGGUGGGCCAGAGAGAGGUGCUGCUGGGAGGGGUGGGCAUGCACAGGCCGAGCCGGUGGCUGACCCCAUCCCCUGCCCCCUCCCUGACUUCUCCCGGUGGAGGCUGGACAAUCUGGGACCCCAUCCCCUGCCCACCUCCCUGAUUUCUCCCGGUGGAGGCUGGACAAUCUGGGAGCGCAUCCCCUGUCCACCUCCCUGACUUCUCCCGGUGGAGGCUGGACAAUCUGGGAACCUGUCUGUGUGUGCCACUGUGAUGGGGUGGCUUGGAGGGCAGGGCCUGGGAGCCAGCUCCUCCCAGAAAGCUUCCAUUUGCCCAGGUGUGUGGAGACCUCCAGGCUGCAAAGCACCUUGAUGGCCACAGCUCUCCAGGACGUCCUCACCUUCCUCAGGGCCCUGCCCUCCUGACCUGGAGUCUUCUGGGUAGGAGCGUCCUUGCCGGGGCUGCUCCCAGGACAGGGACAGGGAGGCUGUGAGAGCCAUGGCACUGCACUGGGUCUUGCUGGGUGCCACCUGUGUCACAGGCCCUGUUAGCUGGGUGGAGCCUUCCAGAGCCAGGACCCCACAGUACCCUCAAACUCUGGGCAGCUGCCAGAGGCUCGGGUGUUCAGCAGACACUGUCUGCCCCUCAGGAAAGAGCCUUGGUGGUGAGCCUGGCCUGCUUCCAGGAGCAGAGUAGGGAUACUUGGGCCAUUUCCCUCUGGGGCCUGACUCUGGCGUUUCCAAGACUGCUUCUCUGACAGCUGGCUGUCUCCCUGUGUUCUCUUUAGCAAGCUCCUCCCGAGCUUGGAUAAACUGCAGGAGCGAAGGGGCUGACUGUGUGUAGGGAUGCAGUUGAAAAAGUCGUUGCGUCUACUCCGGGCUCUCCUGCUGGAGGAGACAGGCUUGCACGUGCCUGUCGGCGCAAGCGUUGAAGCUCAGACUUGAUCUCUUAGGAGAGAUGGGGAUGACGGAGUGAUGCCGCCUCGAGCGUGUGGACUCAGCUGCCACCUGGGAUUGUGGUGGUGGCGGGUCUGUCUGGCGCUCAGCUUCCGUCUCCAUCAAUGUCACCUCCACGCCACCUCGCCAAGCAGCUUCUGGAAAGGCCUUCUGCCGGCUCGGGCUGCCCUGCUGCUGUGUCUGACCCGGUUAGUCUUUCUGUCUGCCUCUAACCUUGCUGCUUUUCCUUCAUGCUGUCCUAGGAGGCCAAAGCAAAAUGAGGAGCGGGAAGGCCUCCUGCACCCUGGAGACCGUGUGGGAAGACAAGCACAAGUAUGAGGAGGCCGAGCGGCGCUUCUACGAGCACGAGGCCAUGCAGGCGGCCGCCUCCGCCCAGCAGCUGCCAGCCGAGGGGCCAGCUAUGAAUGGGCCCGGCCAGGACGACCCUGAGGACACUGAUGAGGCAGAGGCCCCUGACGGCAGCAGCAGGAGUGAUCCCAGGAAGAGCCAGGACAGCAGGAAGCCCCUGCAGAAAAAGAGAAAGCGCUCCCCCAAGAGUGGGCUCGGCCCGGCGGCCCCGGCCCUCCUGGGGCUCUCGGCCGAACGCGUGUGGCUGGACAAGUCACUUUUCGACCAGGCAGAGAGCUCCUACCGCCAGAAGCUGGCAGAUGUGGUUGCCCAGGCAGCCCAGCCUCCUGCCUUGGCCCCUUGGGGUCCCUGCACCCAUGGAAGCCAGGUGGCCUGCCACCACGUGACCUGGGGGACCUGGGUCAACAAGUCCUCCUUCGACCAGGCUGAGCGGGCCUUUGUGGAGUGGUCUCAGUCCCUGUUGCUGGCUCCCGAGGGUGGCCGCAGGCAGGGGACUCCUGACACGGGCCAGCAGGUGGCCGUCCCCAACCCGGCCCACCAGCCCAGCCCACCGGUCAAUGGCCAGCCCCCGCUGGGCAGCCUGCAGGCACUGGUCCGGGAGGUGUGGCUGGAGAAGCCCCGGUAUGAUGCAGCCGAGAGGGGCUUCUACGAGGCCCUGUUUGACGGCCAUCCCCCGGGGAAGGUGCGCCUGCAAGAGCGAGCUGGCCUGGCCGAGGGUGCCCGGAGGGGCCGCAGAGACCGGCGGGGCCGCCACGUCUUAGGGAACAAGCGGGCUGGGCCGCGGUGGGCCGACGGGGAGGCCCCCUCCGCCUUGCCCUACUGUUACUUCCUGCAGAAGGAUGCAGAGGCCCCCUGGCUCAGCAAGCCUGCCUACGACAGCGCUGAGUGCCGCCACCAUGUUGCCGAGGCCCUGCGCAUGGCCUGGUGCCUCGAAGCUGCCUCCUUGUCUCACCGACCCGGUCCUCGGUCUGGCCUGUCCGUGUCCAGCCUGAGACCCAACAGAAAAAUGGCUACAAACUUCCUAGUACAUGAGAAGAUCUGGUUUGACAAGUUCAAAUAUGACGAUGCAGAAAGGAGAUUCUACGAGCAGAUGAACGGGCCUGUGGCCGGUGCCUCCCGCCAGGAGAAUGGCGCCAGCGUGAUCCUUCGUGACAUUGCGAGAGCCAGAGAGAACAUCCAGAAAUCCCUGGCCGGAACCUCAGGCCCCGGGGCCUCCAGCGGCCCCAGCGGAGACCACAGCGAGCUUGUCGUCCGGAUCGCCAGUCUGGAAGUGGAGAACCAGAGCCUGCGUGGCGUGGUACAGGAGCUGCAGCAGGCCAUCUCCAAGCUGGAGGCCCGGCUGAACGUGCUGGAGAAGAGCUCGCCUGGCCACCGGGCCACGGCCCCGCAGACCCAGCACGUGUCUCCCAUGCGCCAAGUGGAGCCCCCGGCCAAGAAGCCAGCCACACCAGCAGAGGAUGACGAGGAUGAUGACAUUGACCUGUUUGGCAGCGACAAUGAGGAGGAGGACAAGGAGGCGGCACAGCUGCGGGAGGAGCGGCUGCGGCAGUACGCGGAGAAGAAGGCCAAGAAGCCUGCACUGGUGGCCAAGUCCUCCAUCCUGCUGGAUGUCAAGCCUUGGGACGAUGAGACGGACAUGGCCCAGCUGGAGGCCUGUGUGCGAUCUAUCCAGCUGGACGGGCUGGUCUGGGGGGCCUCCAAGCUGGUGCCCGUGGGCUACGGUAUCCGGAAGCUACAGAUUCAGUGUGUGGUGGAGGACGACAAGGUGGGGACAGACUUGCUGGAGGAGGAGAUCACCAAGUUUGAGGAGCACGUGCAGAGUGUCGAUAUCGCAGCUUUCAACAAGAUCUGAAGCCUGAGUGUGUGCGCGCGCGUGCCUGAGGCCCUGCCACGAUUAAAGACUGAGACCGGC